AUGGAAAGACAAAAUAAGACCACUGUGACUAUAUUCUUUCUUCAUGGCCUUGAUGGGUAUCCUGUAUUUUACUUUAUUUUUUUUCUGCUAUGCCUUAUCAUGUACAUUGUCAUCCUAUUGGGCAACAGUUUCCUCAUUACAGUUAGCAUCCUGGACUCUCACCUCCAUACUCCCAUGUACUUCUUUCUCAGUAAUCUCUCUUUUCUGGACAUCUGCUACACAUCUUCUUCAAUUCCCAUGUUACUGGUGAACUUCCUUUCAGAGGAAAAAUCUAUUUCUUUCAUUGGAUGUGGGGUACAAAUGUUCUUUUCAUUUGCCAUGGGAGCCACAGAGUGUGUGCUCUUGGCUAUAAUGGCAUAUGACCGUUAUUUGGCCAUUUGCAAACCUCUGAGGUACCCUAUCAUCAUGAACAAAGGACUCGGUGUGAAAUUGGUGACAAGUUGCUGGAUGGCAGGUGGAUUUACCUCAGUGAUACAAACCACCUUAACUAUGAAGUUGUCAUUUUGUGGGAAUAUCAUUGAUUAUCUUACAUGUGAGAUCCUGGCUGUGUUGAAAUUGUCCUGUGAUGAUAUUUCCCUCAAUGUGACAGUAAUGAUGAUAUCAAACAUCUUCAUAAUAGUUAUUCCAGUAGUAUUUAUAUUCAUCUCCUACUUUUUCAUCCUCAUUACCAUCCUGAGAAUCAAUUCUGCUGAAGGGAGGAAAAAAACCUUUUCUACAUGCUCAUCCCAUCUGACUGUAGUGAUCAUGUUUUAUGGGACCAUCUUAUUCAUGUACAUGAAGCCUGAAUCCAAAGACUCCCAUGCAACAGAUGAGAUGAUUGCUCUCUUCUAUGCUGUGGUCAUUCCCAUGCUGAACCCCAUCAUUUAUAGUCUAAGGAACAAAGAUGUGAAAGCAGCUGUGAAAAAGCUCAGCAAAAAUAUCUUCUCACAGAGAAUAUGA